AAUUAAUAUUAGUCCGUUAAAAUCCGUUUAUAAUAAUUUUGUUUUUAUUAUUUCAUUUGUAGAAUUUAGAAUUCUAAACAGCAGUGAGUCUUUAAAAACCUUACAUUGAGGUUUCUUACUGGAUUUUGUGAAUAUUUUAUGAAUUAUCAGCGUAUGUUUUCGUGCGAACUGGGAAUUUUCAUACAAGCAGGCGGACACAGGAAGUCUUAUGCCGUAAGGUUGUUGAUGUUGCGGCAGCGAGCAAAACUGCAGAGUGCAAAAAGUGUUGGAAGAAUGAAGAUUCAGACUGCUACGGAAUUUAGCAGUUAGCAGCCAGUUUGACAUCGUAGUUUUGCUUCACUUUUUCUCCCGGCAGACUUAUUUUUUGUGCCUUUUUUCCUGAAGCCUGACGAAAACAAUAACUGUUGGUCGUGGUUCCAUUCUUCACAAUGACGGAAUAUCGCGGGGGUAUUGUUGAGGCUGGGAGAGCCAUGCAGCUGAUCAAGAAACGCGAGAAGGAGAAGGAAGAAGUGGAGCUGAGGAAGCGUAAACUGGCAGAGGAAACGAAGAUUGCCAAUAUUGAUAAUAAAUUCUCAGCGCAUUAUGAUGCCGUGGAACAGCAGCUUAAAAGCAGUACUAUUGGCCUUGUUACUCUGGAUGAAAUGAAGGCCAAACAAACGGACGUAGUAGCCCAACGAGAGCGGGAACUCGCACAAAAGCAAAGGGCUGAGAAAGAAGCACAACAGGCUGAAGAACGCAGGCUGGAGGAUUUGAAAAGGGCUCAACGGGAUACUUCUAAGUUGUCUUUUACCCUUGCCGAAGAUGAGGAUGAGGAAGAGGAGCCUACAUUAUUUAUCGAAACAAAAAAGCGACGGAUAGGGAUGGAUCCCUCUGUGGACACGAGCUUUCUACCGGAUCGCGAUAAGGAAGACGAAGAGAAGCGGCUCCGAGAGCAGCUCCGUAUAGAAUGGGUUGCCAAACAAGAAAUCCUUAAACAUGAACCAAUGGAAGUUGUUUUCAGCUACUGGGAUGGUGCCGGUCAUCGAAGAUCCGUAACUGUCCGAAAGGGCAAUACUAUUCAGCAGUUUUUGCAGAAAUGCCUCGAUAUGCUCAGGAGGGAAUUUAAUGAAUUACGGAUAGCGACCGUGGAUCAGCUGAUGUAUGUAAAGGAAGAUAUGAUUAUUCCGCAGCAUCAUUCCUUUUACGACCUGAUUGUAACCAGAGCUAAAGGAAAGAGUGGGCCCUUGUUCGAAUUUGACGUCCAUGACGAUGUCCGGUUACUGCAUGAUGCGACGGUAGAGAAAAACGAAUCUCAUGCGGGGAAGGUUGUACUGAGGAGCUGGUACGAGAGAAAUAAACACAUAUUUCCGGCUAGCCGAUGGGAACCGUACGAUCCUGGGAAACGGUACGACAAUGUCAAAAACAAGUCGGAUAAUUAGCAUUCUGAAUGUUGCGAAGUUGGCAAUGGAAGAUUGUUUUUUAAACUUGAAGAAUUUUAUUUGUAUGUAUUGCCUAACUGCGGGAAUCGCCAUUUGUCACGGUAGUGAAGUGGCGGAGUGUACAGCAAAGGAUCAUUAACAGUUACCAUACUAAUUUGUAAUAAUAAAUAUGAAUCAAAAUAUUUGUAUGUAAUAGCUCAGUAUAAAAAUGGGAAUUUAGUU